AUGGGGCAAUUUUCCUUCGUGAGUCUCAGUUUGCUGGUGGUGGCCAUCUCCCUCAGUGGAGUGAAGGGCUGUUGUUGUCCCAAUGAUUGGCUGCCCAUGAAUGGGUUUUGCUACAAUGUCAAUGAUGAGCUCAAGACCUGGAAUGACGCAGAGAUGUUCUGCAGGAAAUCCAAGCCAGGCUGCCAUCUUGCAUCCAUCCACAACAAGACAGAGUCAGUUGACUUGGCUGAAUAUGUCUCCGACUAUAUCAAAACUGGUGGAGAUGUCUGGAUCGGACUGAAUGAUGCAAACAAGAAACGUGUCUGGGAGUGGACAGACAGGUCCCCAACUGACUACCUGGCUUGGGGUUCAGGGGAACCCAACAACCAACAGAAGAAUGAGUAUUGUGUUGAGCUCAUAGCCAAGACAGGUUAUAUGUUCUGGAAUGAUCACCCUUGCAACUACUUGCGUCCUUUCAUUUGCCAGUGCAAACCCUAG